GAUGACACACACAACCGGGGCGCAAAGGUGGCUGCCAUUAGAGGUGAUGUGAUAAGCGUCUCCCCGCCCCGGGCAGGUGAACUAGCCACCGAGAGGCCAAAGGCAACGGUUUACGGCCGAACAGCCGGGAAAGGUGCCACCGGCCCGCCUCCGCCCGAGAUGACCCCGGCGCCGCCCGCCGCCUUGGCCCUGCUGGCGGCCUUCUGCUGCCUCAGUUGCUCCGCUUUCCCCCGCGAGCCGCCCACCUGGUUCGAGGGCGUCUUCCUGUCGUCCAUGUGCCCCCUCGACGACGGCACCACCCUCUACGGGAUCAUGUUGGACGCGGGGAGCACCGGGACUCGCAUCCACGUCUACACCUUCGCGCACAGGCGCCCCGAGCAGCCUCCGGAGCUGGAAGGGGAAAUCUUUGACUCGGUGAAGCCCGGGCUCUCCGCCUUCGCCGAUGAGCCGAAGCAGGUCAUCAAGGCCAGAAAAGAGAAUCCUGAAGGUCAGAAAGGAGAAAACUGCUCCCUGGAAACCCAUCUCCAGCUUUUCUUUCUCUGCCUAAGGCCUCGGAGGCCUCGAAAGAGGGUACUCGAGGUAAAAAGGAGAAAGUCACAUGGACGCAAUCUACAGUUUAGGCUUCUCGGAGGUCUUCGAGGCCUCCGAGCAAAGGAGAAAUUUGCUUUAAAAGGCAAACCAAUCUCCUGCUUUCUUUCUCUAACAUGGGUCUUCAAGGCCUGA